AUGCCAAAUGAGCCAAAAAAGCUCUUAGAGAAUCUUUGUGACGGCCUUCAGACUUUCCUCGGCUUCGACUCUGCUUCCAAAGGCUACGAUGGCAGUGGUAUUGUGUACUCUGACCUAGAUAGGCUGUGUGACGGGGUGAUGGGAUUUUUGUAUCAGGUGCUUAAGGAUGUCAGCGAGAAACAGCCUUAUGAAUCAGGUAAGCGAAUGUUUUUAGACCGUUUAAUUCGUGAAAUAUAUGCCAAAUUAUGUUCAGGUGUUGAAGGCUUCAAGAGCGUCGUAGACCGUGUCAUCAGCAGGGUGAAGCAGUACAAUGAGAAAGUUGUAGACUCAAAUGACAAGGUAAGUGAACCGAUUAAUGAACUAUUAGGUAAGGUGAGAGACGAGUAUACCAAGUCAAUUACUAGCAUUCCAGAUAAAACGGACUUGAAAAUCAUGACUCCAGAAGAAAUCGGCAAGAUUGUCUCGCCCGUUGAUAAGUUGAGAGAUGCGUGCAUAAGCAGCGCAAAGUCAUUUGACACCAAACUUACUAAGUUAACUAAGCAUAUUAAUGAUCUUAAUUAUAAAUUGCGUGACAGUGUAAAAACUACGCGUGAGCGUAUUCAGCUUGAGACUGCACGUGUUGAGGCGAUGUCCAAAAAGGAACGCGAGAACUACGACGCGGUUAUAAAGCUGCUCGAAGAUUCCGCAGAAAACUUGAAAAAAGUGGUAAACCAAAAAGUUAAGAAUGAUGUGAGUUCGCUAGUCGCGGAGUUGAAGAGAAGGGUUUCGGAGAUUUUGAAAAAGCUGGAGACAAUUUUUUCCAGUUUGCAGCAGUAUGUCAGCAAGUUGCAGGAAUGGAUUAAGAAAGCAGAUGCCGACGUUAAGUCGGCACACGCGCAGGUUGAAAGUAUAUUGAGGGAAGUGAAUGAGAAUCCCAUGUCGGCAAACAGGCAGAAUGUCGAGGCCGCCGCACUGCAGUUGAAAGGAAAAGCGGAGGAGUUGUUGGCUGCAGGACAGAAGGCAAAAGAGAACGUUGCGGAAACAGUAAAGCUGGCGCUUGCGGAUGUGAAGAAGAUGGACGAGGCGCUUAAAGGGGAUUUGUAUAAGGUGAAGGAUGCUGUUCAGGAGAAGGUAAAGGGUAUUAAGGAGGCGAUCAACGAUGUGACUGAAGAGCUGAAAAAACAUUUUCCAACGGAGGCUGAUAACAAAGUGACGCUUGAAACAACGAAAACGUUCAACGAAUACAAUACCUACGUCGACCAACAACACCUGACUGCCCUUUCCGACCCUGACUUCGACGCCAUCAAAGCAGCAGGCACCCUCCCCGCGGCGAUCGGUGCGAUUAAGACAAAAGUGGAGGAGGCUUUGUCCAAAAUCGACGAAAUGAGUAGUCAAGCCGACACCCAUUUCAACGAGGUUACAACCAGACUCCACGACCUCUGCGAAGCAAUUAAGGUGCCAGCGUACAACGCAAACACAACGCUGAAAGUGUUGAAAGAUACGCAUUUCGCGGAUUAUGUAAAAGGUAGCAAGCGUGCAGAUGACAGCAUUAAAAAAAUUGCGCAUGAGCUAAAUGAGCUGAAAAGCAACCUCGACACCGGUGCAAUCACUGACGCCCGUAGGUUACUUGGUGACAUUCCCAAAUUGGAAGACGAACUUGUCAAAAGGGUCACCCAGUUCGUCACCUGCGAAGUCAAUGUCGUCAAAAAGGAGCUCGCCUCACGCAUCGUCCAGAGCCACGUGACGGUCGUCAAGCUGUUGCUACAGCAAUUUGUCGCCAAGCUGCAGUCGGAGUUAGAGAAACUGCCGGACGCCAUAGAAAAUGACAAGCAUAUCGGAUUCAAGGGUUUCAUGGAGAAACUCUACAACAGCUUCAACGAAAACAUCGUUCCUAAAAAGGAGACAAAAAGUGUCCGUGAUCUGUCCUUCGCCUUCAACAAUUUUUUCACCGCAAUAAACCAUUACCUCCAGCAGGAGAUCACUAGGCGUAACGAUGAAGAGAACAGAAAGAAGAAUCCUUCCCUCCCGAAGACACCGGAUCCCUACGCAUCGAAGCUCACAGCUGUGUACACCGCGCUUGGCAACGUACUCAAACACAUCACCGACAAGAAUUAUUAUGACUAUAAGAUACCCGGUCUACUCGAUGAGCUGAUGAACGCUGUCAAUGGUCUCACGCCGCAAGAUUUUGCCGAUCCGAACACUGCCAUCCUUGAUGGCAUACGUGUUGGUCUGCGCGGUUUCGUUAACGAGAUGAGGAAGGCAUACAUAUCCUCUUAUGACUGUGCGAAAGGAAUUACGUGGGAUGGUACUUUUACGGACAAAGCACCUGAGGAAAGCAGAAAUGGUGUGAAAGUCUUCUUGACAAUUCAAAAGAUGCUUUCCGAUGACCUGACUGAGUUGUAUACGCAGUUGACUGAAAAGACUGUGUUGCGGGGGCUCAAAAUAUACGCAUCUUCUGAUGACAAGGAAAACACGCUAGGUGAUCUACUGCAAAAAUGCGGGUAUAAAUUAGGCAGUGAGAAUGGUAGGCAGGAUGGCGAGGUUCAGUGCUCUGCUAAAAUGAUGGGCAGAAACAUACUUGGUCACCUUACGCAAAAUAUUCAAAACGCGCACUAUAAUGAACAUCUUAAGCAGUGCAGACCAAAUAGGAAACGGUACAACUUCGGACUAAUCGAUAUAAUAGCGUGCAUCUUCCAACAUGUAAAUCAAUACUACACUGUCUGUCACCUACCAACUGUACAGUCAUCUAAGCUGCCAUGCAACAUCUACCAGAUGCUCUCAUGGCUCUGCGGGCUUACGUAUAAUCCGGUGUACCCGCAACUAUCGCUUAACGCAUUUAGCGAUUUUUUCGAAAAGCCUGAACACUCUGCGCCAGCUGACAGUGAGGACGUAUCCUUCGAUGACGACACCGCCGACGCAUUGCCAGCUUAUCCACAUGAAGUCAGCGUUGCAAAUCUCUCGACCACACUUAUGGAGGUAUGCCAUCAUUCGUAUGAGGUAUUGUGUGCAAUACUAGGCCACGGACACGCAGGUGGUCGUUACGCCUGUGAUUUCAAUACGAACCCGGACAAGUUGUCAUAUCCAAGUAAUCCGUCAAAGUGUCUAGACCUAUGCAUAGAAAUACUGAUUAGACUAUAUAAUCAACUCUACUUCAUAUACGUUCAGUGUCAUCGUGCAUCAAACGCUGUAUCGUGGCGUGAUUGUUAUUAUGGUCGGCACGUGGGCGGUUCGUCAUGGGAGUGCAAUGAGAUACAAUGCGCUGACCUAAUUGCCAACCAAAGAGGUGCCCAAAAGUGUAACCAAAACGCUGACCAAACGUGUGAGCAACACCCGAAGUGUGGCAUAAAGUCGCCUCUGCAGUCAUUCUUGGAGGAUGGUCUGCCUGGGUUUCUCCCUCACCCCUUCAAAACACCCAAUUGCAAACUAACUUGCGAAGCGCCAAACCAUCGUGGCAUACCAUGCAAAACUCCAAUGGGCUUUGCAGAUAUCAGUGUAACGGCGUCACAUACAAAAAAAGGAUCGCAUCUCGCAGAUGCUUUAGCAGCCUUCUGCGGUACACCUAAUACACCCUUGGCUGCAAUCUGCGCCUCACUUACGUGCUUGUUACAGCGAGCUCCGCGGACCUUGGACGACAUGUUCUCAUUCUACUACCAUCUACUUAAAGGUUGGAAUGGUAAUAACAGCAAACGCAAUAUGCAUAAAAGCAAUGCUUUUAACGAUGCCGUCAGCAAGGCCCAUUUCGGUGAAGCAUAUCCAGAUUUGGAUAUAACCACGAUAUUUAAGGGCAGCGAUCACAAGACCGGUAAUCACGUUAACGGUGAGCUGCAUAGUUUAUUUACGUGCGAUUACGGUAACAAAACUGAAAUGGAAUGCGGCCGGUAUAUGCAGCCAUUUGGCCACAAUAUAUGGACAGUUUUCUCCGAAGUCAAUGCCGACAAAUAUCUCACUUGGAUUGUCUAUCUCACGGAAGCAUUUUACGAUUUACUCAAGAAGCUGUACGAAGAGUGUUGCAAAAACUGCAAAACCCCAGGAUCACGGUGUCAUGGUAAGACGUGUCACCAGAACUGUUUAGUUUCCCAUACCUCCACUCAUUCUAAAAACUGUAGGUCAAUUGCUCAGUGCCCAUUCACACGUCCGACAUUAUGCAAAUACGGAUUUGUAUUUCAGAGCGAAUCAAACCUCAGCGGAACCUAUGGCCCGGAAACGAAACGAACGUGCCAAGACUUCUGCAACGCAUUAAAUAAGGUUUUGAAAAAGGGUAAUGUUCUUGGCGAUUUGACAUAUAUCACCAUUCCGAACUUCCUUUGGAAAAUUAGAGAAAAAUUCUUCUGGCUCAAUGUAGCCCUCUGGCUCCUCUCUCUCCUCUACCUCAUACACAUCAUGGUCAUCCGCCUAGACCUCCUCCACAUCAAAUCGCAUUUGAAUAGUCCCUCGAGUCAUCGUAUCGCUGCUCAAUCACUACUUGCCGCCGCACGUGUUAACAAGCUUAACAGGGUGUUUUAUCUGCAACCAUAA